GGCGUGGUGCAUCGUGUAGCCUGGUAGCAGCCGCCUCCCGCUCUUUGCUCUCAGUGGCUGGACCUGGGCUCCGUGCAGGUCGCCUAGCGACGGUGUAUCUGGUCCUGGAGAGGCGCGAGCUCCUGGGGCGCAGAGGGUGCGGGGUCUCGCCUGGCAGCACCCCGGUGCCAUCCGCAUCGCAGCCAGAAGGGCAGCGGCUUCCCUGCCCGCUCCGUGGGCCGGGAAUGGGGGGAUGCUGCGGUGAUCGCUGUAGGCUUGUGGCAGGGCUGUAAACACUAGUGUGUGGAGCAGUUUCUUUGAGCUGAUUAUCUGGUGACUGUGGUUACAACCUGCCUUCGUGCUCGAGCAGCUGCUCACGGCCAUAUCGCCUUUCCCAGGUCACUGUCAGGAGAGGGAGUAGCCAGCGAAGCAUCAGUUAUUUCUUCAAGAACAACUUUAUCUGUGAUUGGUUGAGGAGGAUUGCAUGUCUGGAACGUCAAAGCCACCACAAUGAAGCACUUCCUGAGACAUUCCUUGUCCACUUGAUCAACUCAUCUGUUCAGUCCCUUCCCAUGAUUCUGCCAAUGAGAGAAAAUGGACUUUGUGGCGUGUUUGGAAAGGCAAUUUGCCUCUGGCGACCCAAAGGGGUAGCAAAUGCCAGAGCCAAAGGUUUCUCAUGGAGAAUGCCCUGCCAGCAGUCCAUCCUACUUAAAGCAAGGAGACUCCAUCUUAAAUGUCUCUGCUGAUCACAGUUUUUGUAGUUCUGCACCUUGUGUUCUAAGAAUGUUUGUCCAGGUGUGCCUGUACUUCUACUGUAAAUGUUUGUGGCGUUGUCUGAAAUUUGUGGUGAGGAAAUUAACGGGACGAUGUGAAUUGCAAAGGAUCUGUUACAAUAUCAAGCCUGGGGCUAGCAGAACUAUGAAGAUAGAGACAUCACUGAGAGGUUCAAAAAAUAAGCUGCUGCAAACUUCAGUAAGUGUUCAUCCAGAUGCCAUUGAAAAAACUAUAGAUGACAUCAUGGAACUGAAAAAGAUUAAUCCAGAUAUAAAUCCACAGUUAGGAGUAUCUCUUCAGGCCUGUCUCCUACAGAUUGUAGGGUACAGAAAUCUGGUUGCAGAGGUUGAAAAGCUGCGCAGAGAGCCAUAUGAUUCAGAGAAUCCCCAACAUGAAGAGAUGCUUCUAAAGUUAUGGAAAUGUUUGAAGCCUGAUUGCCCAUUGGAAGCUCGGAUUUCGAAGCAGUGGUGUGAAAUUGGUUUCCAAGGAGACGAUCCUAAAACAGAUUUUAGAGGGAUGGGCCUCCUGGGAUUAUAUAACCUGUUGUAUUUUGCUGAACGGGAUGCUGCAGUAGCUCAGCAAGUUCUCUCUGAUUCCCUUCAGCCGAAAUACAGGGACAUCACUAAAGAGGAGCUGAGCCAAUUCAGCAAAGCUGAAUGGGAGAAGAAAAGGUUUGAUAAGGCAAUUGGCUACUCUUUUGCUAUUGUUGGCAUUAACAUAACUGACCUUGCAUACAACCUGCUUGUGAGUGGUGCGCUGAAGACCCAUUUCUACAAUGUUGCUCCAGAGGCUCCAACGUUAUCCCAUUUCCAACAGACUUUCUGCUAUCUGAUGCAUGAAUUCCAUAAAUUCUGGAUUGAAGAAGAUCCACUGGACAUAAUGGAGUUUAACCGUGUGCGAGAGAAAUUUCACAAGCGAAUUUUAAAACAGCUCCAGAAUCCAGACAUGGCUCUGUGCCCUCACUUUGCUGCCUCAGAAAGCUUAAUCAACAUGUAGUCAUUCACUUGAUUUGAUUUGAGAACACUGCCUCACUCUUCCCUUAGGUCACACUUUAGAUCAUCACUAACAUAUUGAAUGACCAUGGCGAUUGUAUGCAUGCCUUUUGGUGCAGUAUUCAUCUCUUUUUGUCAUAAACAUUAGAUCCCCUUACACUUCUCUUUCCAGGGGAUUUCUCAUUAAAUGGGUGCUCAUAUUGCGGCAUUAUGCAGUGUUACGUUCUGAAUUGAUGUCCAGGUAUCAAGAGUUUUCUAUUUUUUUAGAUCUUUUUUCCCAUAAUUCGACAUUGAAGAACUGUAUUUCUCUAGCUAUGUUUUGUAUAUGUGGAAUAAUUAUCUGAAUCUUGUAUUGUGAAAGCCUUUAAACUUAUUGAUAUGUUUUGUGAUAACUACUGACAUUUCAAGCAAAGUACGUGUUUGGACUUCAUCUAGAAGAUAAUGUAUGUAACUUUAAUCUAAUGCAGAAAAACACAUUAAAGACUAAUUUUUU